AUGCAAACCCGUCAGGCAAGGCUCCUGGCGAAAAUAGAAAAAAGACCUAAAUUACCAUCAUUUUGUCCUUCUAGGUCGAAUAUGAACCGUAGUUUGCCCCCAUUUCUUCCUCGAGGAAAUUUCAAUCAAAAGAUUUCUCCUAAUAAACAUAAUCCUAAUUUUCAUUUUGACCGAAAAAUUUCUCGUCAACCCACUGAUUCAAAAGUAUUAUUACUACUUUUCAAAUUAUUAGGACUUACUAUAAUUGGACUUUUAUGCUCUUACCUAAUAUAUCCAUGGCUUAUACUUAGUAACAAUUCUUUAAUAAGCAAUUCUACUUUAUAUCAAUCUACUCCUAAUCAAAUAAUAAGAGACAAGAUUAUGUUAUAUCGUAUACUUGGUAAUGACCUCCCGCCUCGCCAUAAAGCUGGACAAACAUUGAGGAAUGUGAGAUUUAUAUUAGAACAUGAAUCUGAAUUUUUAGAUACAAAAAAAUGGUGGAUACUUAAUCGAAUUGCUGAUUCGGAUUACGAAAAUGCUCUGAUAAACCUUUUAAAGUUGCAUAAACAAGAUUAUAUUAGAAUUCCUUUUAACGAAGAUGAAUAUUCAAAACUUGAUUUUCGUCUUGAUGAUUUUCCAAUACCUGAUUUUUUCAAUUCGGUUGAAUUCAUGCGUUAUUCAAAAGUUUCAAAAUUAAGAACUAUUGAUUACACUUAUAUUAAUAAAAAUUUAUAUGUUAUGAAUAAUAAUGGUGGUCGGAAUGUAGCCCUUUCUCAUGGCAAAUCUCAAUUAGACGCUCGUUGGAUUUUACCUUUUGAUGGAAAUUGUUUUUUGACACCUAAUGCAUUUGCUGAUAUUCGAUCUCAUUUGGAUUUAUUUGGUGAUCAAUAUAAAUAUUUUAUAGUACCAAUGGCAAGAUUAUUAAACAAUUCACAGUUGUUAGAGGAAUCAGAUGUUCGUCCCACUACUCCAGAAGAACCUCAAAUAAUCUUUAAACAUGAUUCUGAUAAGUUAUAUAAUGAAAAAAUGCGUUACGGUAGAAGAUCAAAGUUGGAAAUGCUAUGGCGUUUAGGUGUUCCUCCAUCAUAUAGGCUUAAUAACACAUUAUCUGUUCCAUGGGAACCACAUAGUUUUCCUGAUAAAGUAGAGGAAGUACAAUAUAUGUCUGCUGGUUGGGUUUUUCGUUUAUUUUCAGGUCAAAUGUCACAAGAAACAAAAGAAGCUGGUUCUAUACGUUCAUUUAAUCGAUUAUUGGCUAUUCAAAAUUUCAUAGAUGGCUUGGACGAACAUAUUGCACGAAAAGUUCAAGGUUUUGAUCCUUUUCGAUUAUUCCUUUACGAUGAAAAUUUACUUAAUAAAGCAAGACUGGAUUUCUGGUUAGGCGUACCUAAAGUGACUAAAGUAGUCAAAACGUUGAUCAAACAUGCCAAUAAUAUAUUAUCUGAAACUACUAAUUUAUAUGAAUCAGAACCUAAUGUCCAUGUGGAUGCAAAUAUUCGUGUAAAUUUCUUGAAAAUUAAACAAAAAGAAUCCAAUAUAAAGUCCAACUUUUAUCAAGAUUUUAUGCUAGUCAACAUGACCAGAAAUCCGCACCUUGAUCUUUCUGGUCUUAUGAAGGAUUCAUUUAGAAAAAAAACUCCCAUGCAAUCACCUGUGACACUUCCAACUGUAUCACCUGAUAUAUUCUUUGAAAAUGUAAUAACUUUGUCUCUUGCUCAUUAUUUUUCUGGUGAUGAACAAUAUUCUCGAUGGGCUGCUAAUUUGAUUCGAACUUUCAUUCUUUCAUCAUAUGCAAUUGGAGAACAAGACAACGUUGACAUACCUUCUUAUAUGAUUGAUAAUGUGACUAUUAAUAACGAAGGUUAUAGCUUUCCUUAUUUAAAUAAAAUUCCUAGAAUGAUACCAAAAUUUUUAAGCGUCGAUACAUCUUUUUCAAAAAAUUUAUUUAAUACCGAUCCAAGUUUUUUCCUGGAUGCGUGCAGACUUCUUUAUCGAGCUCAUGUUCUUAACCAUAAAGAAUAUAUGAGUCUCCGAAAUUUUGCAUCUGAUUGGUUAGAGUUACUAAUUAACUCUCCACAAAAUCUUAAGAUAGGGAAACAAUCCAAUCAUCGAGGUACUAUGUUUGAUCUUCAAGUGAUAUCAUUAUCUGGAUUUGUUGACGAUAUAAGACUUUACCUUCGAGUAGCCAAUCGAGUACGGAUGCGAAUUGGUAAACAAUUUAAUAUUUCUUUAGAUGCAUCAACGCCAAAGAUUUUUCAAAAUCAUGAGAUGAUGUAUGUUCAGAAUUUGGUUGAUACUAAUGAAAUCAAAUCAUCAGAUUAUGACGAGAAUAUUUUUCGGUAUACAACAUUAAAUUUACAAUAUUGGUUACGUCUUGUACGAAUAAUACAAAAUGGACGUUGUGGAUCAGAUAUAUGGCAAUAUAAAACAAAAGACGAAAAAAAAAUCAGUAAAGCAGUUAUAGAACAUUUCAAACAUUAUAAGAAUAGAAUGCAUGAUAGCGCUAUUAUAACUUUAGCUCAUAUAACAAAGAGUGCAUUCAAUGCUAGUGGCAUCAAAAGAGAUUCAUGUCCAACUCAAGAUGAAUAUAAUUAUUCUAAAUACUUUAAAAAAAUUGAUGAAAUAACAAACAAAAUUAUUCUGUAUGACCAAACAAACGAAAAAGAAUUUAAUACGGUAAUUGGUAUAGGAGAUGAAGCUAGACGAAAAGGCUUACCACCUUUCUGGAUGUUUGGUGUCGCAUAA